AGCGGAGCCCAGGAGAGGAGAGAGAGAGCGAGAGCCGGAGCGAGAGACUGGGAAGCAAGGAGGAGGAAGCCGCCGGUGCGUCGGGACAGGAACGCAGGUGUUCGGAGCGCCGGAGCUGGAGCUCCACAGCCGGCAGUCAUGUACCGCUCCACCAAGGGCGCCUCCAAGGCGCGCCGCGACCAGAUCAACGCCGAGAUCCGGAAUCUCAAGGAGCUGCUACCGCUGGCCGAAGCGGACAAGGUCCGGCUGUCCUACCUGCACAUUAUGAGUCUUGCCUGCAUCUACACUCGCAAGGGUGUCUUCUUCGCUGGAGGCACUCCUCUGGCUGGCCCCACAGGGCUUCUCUCAGCUCAAGAGCUUGAAGACAUCGUAGCAGCACUGCCUGGAUUUCUGCUUGUUUUUACAGCUGAGGGGAAGUUGCUGUACCUGUCUGAGAGUGUGAGCGAGCAUCUGGGACACUCGAUGGUGGACUUGGUUGCCCAGGGUGACAGUAUCUACGACAUCAUUGACCCAGCUGACCACCUCACUGUGCGUCAACAACUCACCCUGCCCUCUGCUCUGGACACUGAUCGUCUCUUCCGUUGCCACUUCAACACCUCCAAAUCUCUUCGGCGCCAGAGCGCAGGCAACAAACUGGUGCUUAUUCGAGGUCGAUUUCAUGCUCACCCACCUGGGGCCUACUGGGCAGGAAAUCCUGUGUUCACUGCCUUCUGUGCCCCACUGGAGCCAAGACCCCGCCCUGGCCCUGGCCCCGGCCCUGGCCCUGGCCCUGCCUCACUCUUCCUGGCCAUGUUCCAGAGCCGGCAUGCUAAAGACCUUGCCCUACUGGACAUAUCUGAGAGUGUCCUAAUCUACCUGGGCUUUGAGCGCACUGAACUGCUCUGUAAAUCAUGGUAUGGACUGCUGCACCCUGAGGACCUGGCCCAUGCUUCUGCUCAACAUUACCGCCUAUUGGCUGAGAGUGGAGAUAUUCAGGCAGAGAUGGUCGUGAGACUACAGGCCAAGUCUGGAGGCUGGGCGUGGAUUUACUGCCUGUUAUACUCAGAAGGUCCAGAAGGCCCUAUUACUGCCAAUAACUACCCAAUCAGUGACUCGGAAGCCUGGAGCCUCCGCCAGCAGCUGAACUCUGAAGACACCCAGGCAGCUUAUGUCUUGGGCGCCCCGACUAUGCUGCCCUCAUUUCCUGAGAACAUCCUCUCCCAGGAGCAGUGUUCUAACCCACUCUUUACCCCACCCCUGGGGGCUCCCAGAAGCACUGGUUUCCCAAACACUCCUGGACUAGGUGUUGUCUCAGCAUCAGAAGAGCUUCCCCGACCACCUAAAGAGCUGGAUUUUAGUUACCUGCCAUUCCCUUCUGGGCCUGAGCCUUCUCUCCAUGCAGAACUGAGCAAGGAUCUUGUGUGUACCCCACCCUACACACCCCACCAGCCAGGAGGCUGUGCCUUCCUCUUCAGCCUCCAUGAGCCCUUCCAGACCCAUCUGCCUGCCCCAUCCAGCUCACUCCAAGAACAGCUGACUCCAAGCACUGCAACCUUCUCUGAUCAGUUGACGCCCAGCAGCGCAACCUUCCCAGAUCCACUAACCAGCCCACUCCCAGGCCAGUUGACCGAAACCUCAGCCAGAAGCUAUGAAGACCAACUGACUCCCUGCACCUCUACCUUCCCAGACCAGCUGCUUCCCAGCACUGCCACCUUCCCGGAACCUCUGAGCAGCCCUGCCCAUGAGCAGCUGACUCCUCCCAGCACAGCAUUCCAAGCACCCCUGAACAGCCCCAGCCAAACUUUCCCAGAGCAACUGAGUCCCAAUCCCACCAAGACUUACUUCGCCCAGGAGGGAUGCAGUUUUCUCUAUGAGAAGUUGCCCCCAAGUCCUAGCAGCCCUGGUAAUGGGGACUGCACACUCCUGGCCCUGGCUCAGCUCCGGGGCCCCCUGUCUGUGGACGUCCCCCUGGUGCCUGAAGGCCUGCUCACACCGGAGGCCUCUCCAGUCAAGCAGAGUUUCUUCCACUACUCUGAGAAGGAGCAAAAUGAGAUUGACCGUCUCAUCCAGCAGAUCAGCCAGUUGGCUCAGGGCAUGGACAGGCCCUUCUCAGCUGAGGCUGGCACUGGGGGAUUGGAGCCACUUGGAGGACUGGAGCCCCUGGACUCCAACCUGUCCCUGUCGGGGGCUGGCCCCCCUGUGCUCAGCCUGGACCUGAAACCCUGGAAAUGCCAGGAGCUGGACUUUCUGGCUGACCCUGAUAACAUAUUCCUGGAAGAGACGCCCGUGGAAGACAUCUUCAUGGAUCUCUCUACUCCAGACCCCAAUGGGGAUUGGGAUUCAGGGGAUCCUGAGGCAGAGGGCCCAGGAGGGGCCCCAUCGCCUUGCAACAACCUGUCCCCAGAAGACCACAGCUUCCUGGAGGACCUGGCCACCUAUGAAACCGCCUUUGAGACAGGUGUCUCAGCAUUCCCCUACGAUGGGUUUACUGAUGAGUUGCAUCAACUCCAGAGCCAAGCUCAAGACAGCUUCCAUGAAGAUGGAAGUGGAGGGGAACCAACGUUUUGAAUAAGUCUGUGACUUAACGUCGUCAAGUAUGGCAUAUUGUCAUCAAGACGUGGAGCCGCUCUCCACCCCCCCGGGACUGUUGGGGGGAUUCUGGGGGCCAGAGGGGG